AAAUGAAAAACAACAGCUUUGUUGAUUGCUUCAUGUUGAUGGGUACAGCUUUAUCUAUGAGAGGUGGUUCAAAGCUACCAGACAUGGGAAGACCACUAAUUCAAGACGUUUUCACCACUUUUGUUAAUUUGUCUGCUAGCAUAGAAGAAUUUAAGAUAUCGGAUAUUAAAAGGAUGGAGUUUGUCGUUGACGGCUUGCUGAACCAAAGAUGGGUAGAUCCUCGACUUGGAUCCAACGCUAGAACUAGGAAAAUGGCAGUUGCUGGACAAAUUUGGAAGCCUAUGAUAACGAACACCAAUGGGCGUAACAGAAUUCCAAACAACGAUGAUACUAUUUUUUGGCGAGGUUUUGGAGACGAAGGAAAUGUUCUUCUCAGUGAAAAGUUUCAAAUCGAGGGUUCUUGUUCUAUAGAUUUUCACAAUUUUCCGUUCGAUGUGCAGUUCUGUCAAGUGGAAUUUGGGUCAUACAGAUUUCCUAGUGAUGAGGUGUCGGUAAUUUGGGAGAGUAUGGGCGUUGAUUUGCUUUCUAAAAUUAAAACAAAUGAAUUCUAUUUGGCAAACGUUUCUACCCAUGUCGAAAUAAACAUCAGACCAUCAGGUAAUUUCAGCACUGCUGUAGUUCAAUUCACUCUCCAACGAAACCCCGUCCACUACAUAAUCUGUACAGGAAUACCCUGUAUGAUAAUGGUACUUCUGAACUACAUUUCUCUCUGGUUCAGCAUAAGCAAAAGAACUACCAGGUUCAACAUACUCUUUUUUUCGUUUGUUGUUAACCUUUAUUACUUCUACGCAUCGAUUUGUCUCAUACAGCCAGUGCCUUAUUUGAAAGCUUUGGACAUAUUUGUGGGGAUUUGUAUGAGUUUCUCGAUCGUUUCUCUCCUGGAAACCUUUGCUAUAGACUUCUUAUGCGCCGAAGAAGAAGAAGAAUUUCAUUUGAAGGAAAAGGCGUGUUCCAAGGAGUACCCCAAAAGCGUGUACUGGAUUGAGGUGGGACUAAAGGUCGGAUAUCCGUUGUUUUACUUGUUUUUUGUAGCAUUGUAUGCAGCUACUUUUCUCAAUUAAGUUGUAGUGUUUUGAUGGUAGAAUCUUAUUUUUUUAU